UCCCACCAUCAUUUACAUUUUUAGUUUCACACACAAACACAACAAACUAACAACCUCUCCCUCCAUAAACACCCUCUUUCUCUCUCGCGCUCCCUUCCCUUUCAUGUGUCACACACACUGCACGCCAAUCUUCCCCGCAAAAUAAAUAAGCUCCAACAGAACAGAAUUCUCAAAGGAAUAACGAAAGGGAAAAUAACACAUGACGACGCCGUUUUCGGCGGGGCUGAAGCACUUGGAUGGAGGCGGAGGACUGGCGGUGCUCUCCAAUUCCAUCGACAAGGUUGAUUCGUCCUCCACUUCCUCCUCGACGGCGCUCAGUGGCAGCGUCAAGUGCUCUAAGCUGGUAGACUCGCCCAUUUUGAUUUUCUUGUUCUUCCACAAGGCGAUUCGGAACGAGCUAGACGCGCUGCACCGUCUCGCCAUGGCAUUCGCCACCGGCAACUCCUCCGAUAUCCAGCCUCUCUCCCAGCGCUACCAUUUCCUCAGCUCCAUGUACAGGCACCACUCCAAUGCCGAAGACGAGGUGAUUUUUCCAGCCCUUGAUAUACGUGUGAAGAAUGUUGCAAAGACAUAUUCUCUUGAACACAAAGGUGAAAACAAUCUUUUUGAUCAUCUAUUUGAGCUGCUAAAUUCUUCCACCCACAACGAUGAAAGUUUUGCUAGAGAGUUAGCAUCCUGCACAGGAGCUUUGCAGACGUCAGUUAGUCAACACAUGGCAAAGGAAGAGGAGCAGGUAUUUCCUUUGCUUAUUGAGAAUUUCUCUCUCGAGGAGCAGGCAUCUUUAGUUUGGCAGUUUCUUUGCAGUAUUCCCGUGAACAUGAUGACAGAAUUUCUUCCAUGGCUUUCAAGAUCCAUAUCACCUGAUGAACGACUGGAUUUGCAGAAUUGCUUAAUCAAGAUAGUUCCAGAGGAAAAGCUUCUUCAAAAGGUUAUUUUCAAGUGGAUGGAAGGGAGAAGCAGUGUUAACACAGUUGACAGUUGUGUAAACCAUUCUCAAGUUCAAUCUAGUAGUAGCCCAUCAACUGGAAAAAGGAAAUAUUCUGGAUCUACCCUGGAUGACUCUGAUGCCAUUGGAUUACAUCCUAUAGAUGAAAUAUUGCUCUGGCAUAAUGCAAUUAGAAAAGAGCUAAGUGAGAUAGCAGUGGAGACCAGAAAGAUACAAUGUUCAGGGGAUUUUACAAAUCUAUCCUCUUUUAAUCAAAGAUUGCAGUUCAUUGCUGAAGUUUGUAUAUUUCAUAGUAUUGCUGAGGACAAAGUUAUUUUUCCAGCAGUAGAUGGAGAAUUGUCAUUUUUUCAGGAGCAUGCUGAAGAAGAAAGCCAGUUUAAUGACUUCCGGUGUUUGAUUGAAGGUAUUCAAAGUGAAGGAGCAACAUCUAAUUCAGAAGUUGAAUUCUUUUCAAAGUUAUGCUCACAUGCUGAUCAUAUAAUGGAAACCAUAGAGAGACAUUUCCAUAAUGAAGAAGUUCAGGUCCUUCCACUUGCAAGAAAGCACUUUAGCUUUAAAAGGCAAUGCGAACUUCUGUAUCAAAGCUUGUGCAUGAUGCCUCUGAAAUUGAUUGAGCGCGUCCUUCCAUGGUUGGUAGGAUCGUUAACUGCAGAAGAAACAAAGAUGUUUCUGAGAAACAUGCAGUUGGCAGCUCCAGAAAUGGAUUCUGCUCUAGUUACACUCUUCUCUGGGUGGGCUUGCAAGGCUCGUAUUGAAGGUCUAUGUUUGUCUUCUGGUGCGUCAGGUUGCUGUCCUGUUCAAAGACUUUCUGAUAUUGAAGAAAACAUUGCUUGGCCAUCCUGCGCUUGUGCUUCCGCAUCAUCUGUAAGAGAUUGUUUAGUAUUAGACAAAUCAGAUGGGAACAGAAAGUCAUUCAAGCGAAACUUAUUAGAGUCCCACAACAAUGGAGAUAUCACUGAAAAUCCAGAGACUGAAAAUGUCCAAAAACAAUGUUUUGCUACUCGGUCUUGUUGUGUGCCGGGUUUAGGAGUAAACAGUAACAAUUUGGGGCUGAGUUCUAUUUCUACAGCCAAGUCCUUGCGGUCCUUGUCUUUCAACUCUUCUGCCCCAUCUCUUAAUUCCAGUCUUUUUGUAUGGGAAACAGAAAGCAGCUCAUCUGAUGUUGGAUCUGCACAAAGACCAAUUGAUACCAUAUUUAGUUUCCACAAAGCUAUACGAAAAGACUUGGAGUAUCUAGAUGUUGAAUCUGGAAAGCUGAGUAAUGGUGAUGAGAUAGUUCUUCGGCAAUUUAGUGGAAGAUUUCGUCUUUUAUGGGGCUUAUAUAGAGCUCAUAGUAAUGCAGAAGAUGAUAUAGUAUUUCCAGCAUUGGAGUCAAAAGAGGCACUUCAUAAUGUGAGUCAUUCAUACAUGCUGGACCAUAAGCAGGAAGAACAAUUAUUUGAGGAUAUUUCCUGCGUUCUUUCUGAGCUUUCUAUGCUUCAUGAAGCCUUGCAGAUGAACCAUAUGCCAGAGAACUUAAGUGAAAGUAAUUUUAGAACAUCUGAUUCCAAGGGUAGUGAGAAUAUUAAAAAGUAUAAUGAACUCGCGACUAAGCUUCAAGGAAUGUGCAAAUCCAUAAGGGUUACUCUGGAUCAUCAUCUUUUCAGGGAGGAGUGUGAACUGUGGCCAUUAUUUGGGAAACAUUUCACUGUAGAAGAACAGGACAAGAUAGUGGGACGGAUAAUUGGAACAACUGGAGCUGAAGUUCUCCAAUCAAUGUUGCCAUGGGUAACUUCCGCGCUUACUCAAGAUGAACAGAACAAAAUGAUGGACACAUGGAAGCAGGCAACUAAAAACACUAUGUUCAAUGAAUGGCUCACUGAAUGCUGGAAAGAUAGUCCAGCACCUAUAACACAGAUAGAAACAUCAGAUCAUAACACUUCUCGGAGAGGUGCUGAAUAUCAAGAAAGCUUGGACCAUAAUGAUCAAAUGUUCAAGCCUGGUUGGAAAGACAUAUUCCGGAUGAACCAGAAUGAACUUGAGUCAGAGAUCCGAAAGGUUUAUCGUGAUUCAACUCUUGAUCCAAGGAGAAAGGCAUACCUUGUGCAGAAUCUGAUGACAAGUCGUUGGAUAGCUGCUCAGCAGAAAUCACUGAAAGCCAUAACUGAAGUAGCAUCUAAUGGUGAACAAAUAGAAGGGCAGUCACCAUCAUUUCGGAACCCUGAUAAACAUGUGUAUGGGUGUGAGCACUAUAAGAGAAAUUGUAAGCUACGAGCUACAUGUUGUGGCAAGUUAGUUACUUGCAGAUUUUGUCAUGACAAUGUGAGCGAUCACUCAAUGGAUAGAAAAGCAACAUCAGAAAUGAUGUGUAUGCGCUGCCUGAAUAUACAGCCGAUAGGGCCUAAAUGCAUGACACCUUCAUGUAACGAACUUUCAAUGGCAAAAUACUAUUGCAACAUAUGCAAAUUUUUUGAUGAUGAAAGGAAUGUAUAUCAUUGCCCAUUUUGCAACAUAUGCCGUGUCGGACGAGGGCUUGGGAUUGAUUAUUUCCAUUGCAUGAAAUGCAAUUGCUGCUUGGGCAUAAGAUCACAAUCACAUAAGUGCCUGGAAAAAGGCUUAGAAAUGAAUUGCCCAAUUUGUUGUGAUGAUUUAUUCACGUCAAGUGCUCCAGUUAGAGCUCUGCCUUGUGGCCAUUAUAUGCAUUCUGCUUGCUUUCAGGCAUACACUUGUAGUCACUACACAUGUCCGAUCUGCAGCAAGUCAUUGGGAGAUAUGGCGGUUUAUUUUGGCAUGCUUGACGCACUAUUGGCUACUGAGGAUCUUCCUGAAGAGUAUAAGGACCGGUGUCAGGACAUACUCUGCCAUGACUGUGACAAAAAGGGCACUUCACGCUUCCAUUGGUUAUACCACAAAUGUGGAUUUUGUGGCUCUUACAAUACCCGGGUGAUUAAGGGUGAGGAAUCAAAUUCCAGCUGCUCUUACUCUUAGCGUGCUGAUUUUGACAGCGAGUUUGUAAAUAUUUGUAUAGCCAAACCAAAUUUUCCCUAAAACCAGGAACCAACCUGGUUAUCGUUUGGUCUUAUACAUAAUCUGAGUCACUUCCAUGCAGACAUUUUGGAUCCUUUUAUGAGCUGUCGUAAGCUAGUGUUUAGAGAGUAGAGAUAGAAGCACCUAAUUAGUUAAUCAUGUAGCGUUGUGUACAGAUCAUGUUCAAUCUGCAAUGUAAAUUCUUGCAUUCCAUC